UUCAUAACCUAACCUAGAAAAAUUAGUUAUUUAACGCCUUUCGCGGACAACGGCAUCGUUUCUGCAUGAAACAUGUUACGUGUGUAUUUUAUUUUAUUUUGACACAAAUAAUGGAUGAUGCCAAACGUAAAAAUAAUAAAGGAAAACGGAAAAAACGAGAAGUGAAAAAUGUAGUGUCUUCUUACCUUCAAAAGAGAAAUUACUGUAAUUUACAAACAUUUUCAAUUACAAAGAAACAACAACUGUCUCAAUCUUUAGUAGAAACUGCUGUUGGACGAUCUAAUUCCAUUCUUUAUCGCUGUGAUCCUUUAGUAAUAGAACAAAAUUUUACAAAAUUUUUAAUUUGGUUAAAGGACCAAACAAAACACCAUAAUAAUAAUGAUAUUGAACGUAUUGUUGCUCCACUGUUUUGCCAUGUUUAUAUGGAGAUUCUACGUUAUGAGCAUAGUGAUAGAGCUACAACAUUUUUUAAAUCUAAUAUUCCAUUAAUAAAUGAAAGUAAGUGUGAUAAUAUAAUAAAACAACUAUUUUUUCCGAAUGGUGAUGUAAGGAAAGAUAUAUCUACAUUUAAAGAGAAAUUUAGAAGCAAUAGAAUCGUAUUACGAUUGAAUCUUGAAUUUUUAAAGAAAUUAAGGAAGUUUGUGCUUGAAAACUGUCAUAUCGUAUUUCUACAAGUACUACAAACAUACUUUGAUUUUCAAAUAAAUGAUUUUGUUAGAAAAGAAAAUGAUAUUAUCACACCUUCUUAUGAGUUUCCCACAGAAGCCAAAUAUCAAAAGUUUUCAAAUGCUAGAAAGGAAUUGCAAAAUGAACGAGCAUUAAUUUAUACUGUGAAAAUAAACAAUGAUAAAUAUGAUGUACCUUGUGGAUUAUUGAAAAGACAGUGUGGACUAGUCAUUCUUGCAGAACAUAACGCUUUACGUUUGAUGCCCUUACAUGCUUUAGACACAAUCCUAAGUGUGAAAAUUAAUAGUCAGUUAAAGUUUAUGCAUCAUUCUGAUUAUAUUUAUAGUGUAGACAUAUCUUCAGAUAACAAAGUAUUAGUAACAGGAUCUGCUGAUAGGACUUUAUGUAUUUACAAUUUAGAGUCUAUGGCAUUAGUAAAAAAGUGUACAGGACACCUGGGCUCAAUUUAUUGUGUAAAAAUUGGUUGCAAUGGAAAAUAUGUUGCAACAGGUUGUGCAGAUGGAACUGCUAGGCUAUGGCAUCUAAAAACCGGAAAAGUGUUAAGAAUAUUCUGUGGCCAUAAUCAGGCUGUAACAUGUGUAGUGUUUCAUCCAAAUUGCCUAUAUAUGGCUACAGGAUCAGCAGAUAAGAACAUAAGGUUGUGGUGUAUAAAUAAAGCUAUGAGUUUGAGACUCCUCCAUGCAAGUAAAGGAACUAUAUAUGAUAUAGCAUUUAGUCCAUGUGGGAAAUUAAUUGCCAGUGCAUGUGAUGAUGGUAUUUUGAUAUGGGACAUAUUGAAUUCUAAAGUGAUUAUAGAAUUCAGAUGUAAAGACUCUACACUCUUAAAAAUUAUUUGGAAAACUGAUGGUAGUGAAAUUUGUGCCGGGAGUGUAGAUGGCAUAAUCAGAAUAUGGAAUAUAAAUAGAACUCAAGAUAAUUGUGAAAAUAACAAAUAUAUAGAUCCUAUAGUUACUCUUUCCCUUAAUGCAAAAAUAUUGAGUAUUGAGUAUGCUUUUGGGACUUAUGGGCUUUUGACAGUAUGAUAUAUAUUUCUAAUUUUCAUAAUUGUCUUACGGUUGAUAUUAUAUUUAUAUUAUUAAUAUUUAAAAAUACUCAUUGAGGGAAGACAAUAAUUUAGGUAAUAUUUCUCUAAUUGAUCAUUUAAAUGUAAAUAGUUAAUUUAUUUCAAAUAAGUACCUUCUACAAAAUGGUGUUACUCAAAAAAUUUUGAAUUUAGUAGUAAAAUUCGGUGAAAUCCAUCAUUUGUGAAUUUUAAAGAAAGGAGUACCUAUAUCAAGUGAAAAUUUCACAAUGUGUGUAAUUUGUAUAAAGUGUAUAUAUGUAAUAUCUAUUUAAAUUAUUUAUUUUGACAAAACUAGUGAUAUCUAACAUUAAAUUGAUUUUUUUUACAAUAAUAUCAGAAUAUAUUUUUUUAAAAUAGAUAUUUUAUGAAAUUGAGUAGAAUCUAGUAUUUUAAGUGAUUAUCAAAUAUUUUUAUAGUAUCAAUGCUUGUGUGAUGAAAACCUUUGAGAAUUGCUUCAUAUUUUUUAAAUAAAAAGCACAAAAUAGGGUUAAAUUAUAUUCAAGUCACUUCUUGUACGUGAAGUUAUAUUUUUUAUCUCAUUUGUAUUUGAUAUUUAUUAUUUAGCCUAUGAUUCUUUACAAAUAAUAUUUUUCAAAUAAUAUUAAAACUGAAUCAAAACAAUUAUAACAAUGUGUUUGAUUGAAUGAAUUCCAGUUAAACUAUUUACAUUUCAAGCAAGACAUUUAUUUCAUUGAUUGUUUCUUUGAGAUUGCAUGAAAUUAAACAAUCUUCUUUAUAUUGAUUAUUACAAGAGGUAUUGCAGUUCAAUUUGUGUAUUAAUAUUUUCCGAUUUUGUCUCUUUUAAUUUAAUGCUCGUUUUUUUGUUUAUUAGCUUAUCUGUUUGUGACAUUCUGAGAGAUGAAAGAAACAUUGUCAAAAGAGCUAUGCAUAUUCCUUUUCAUCUUUCUGGGCAGUGUAACAUCAUUUUAAAAAAAGUAGAGGCAGCAUUGAUCCCAGAACGUUGCCUUGUGUAUCCCUACUGAUAUGUGUUAGGUAUGAGAAGCUAUCUUCAUGUAAUCAAUCAUCUAGUAGUUUUCUAUGUUUCUAUGUUCUAACUUCCAGGCUAAGCUUUAUCAAAUACUUGUUAAAUAUCCAAAAAGUGCUUUCCACACCUUAUUUUUUUAUUUUUCUAUUAAGCCAAUUAUUCAAUGUGAUUAUUUUCUCUAAAUCCAAACUAAUGGUUGAUAGGCAACUAAAUUGACUUUUAUAUUUUGAAAUUUUGGAGACUUAGUAUUACUUCUACUAUUUUGAGUUGGGUUUAAUUUGGACAUUUUCAACAUUGGUGAGUUAAUUUCUUGUCCAUUUGUACAUUUUCCGUAUGUAGUUUCUUUGAUAAGGCUGUGAUGAGUAACAAUAAUGCACAUUUUAGUCAGGAGCUUAAACUGAUAAUGGACGGUUAGAAUUAUUGGGAUCAGCCACAGCAUGACCAAACAAUUCUGAUCAAUCUCGGAAGUAAAGUAGUGUAUGACACCAAGUUGUGGGAUGCUGAUGCUCUUAUGUGCUAUUUUGCAAUGAUUGCCAAUUUCACAUGCUGAAAGCGAGUGCGUCGGAUGACCAGCAUUCUAUCAGUACAUGCCAUCCUGAUUCUUAUUCAUAUAUGCUGUAACUGUACCUCUUUGAACCACAAAUUCUCUUUACCAAUUCAAGCUAGAUCCCUCGAUCCAAAUUAUUAAGCGCCCUUCUACUGGUUGUAGAACUCUAUUUUCUGUUGUUUAGCAGUGACAGUUGCUCAAGAAACUGGAAGAAUGAGUUCCAAGCCAAGAGAGUGCUGGCCAGACCCAUCGCCUGCUUGUCAGUUAUUUGUUUCCCAGCAAGCCUAAAUGGCCUGGUAAUCAAAUUAUCUUAAGAAUAUUGCUUCUUUUCAAAUUCUGGAAGUGAUUGCUGUAAAAAUAAACGAUAAUUUCGAUCCUGCCACUCCGCACACUAUACCGCUAUUAAUGGCUUGGACUUUUGCCUUAAAAACUGUAACAUAUUCGGCACAGUACUCCUCAGAACCGACAAUUUAUAUUUCCGAGUACCAUCAGUAUGUAUGUAUGGAUUUAGAUUCUCGUAAACAUUGCGAACCUUAGGAUCCUAUUGGCAGCAUUUCUUGUUGCGAUACUGUAGAACCCUGUGUUUACAGCUGAUCCAUUAAUCCCACUCCUUUUAAAAAGUCUAGAAUGUGGGAUGGCUUUAAUUGCCACACUUCGAGAGAAUGUGGAUAGAGGUUUCGUCAUCUGAGCAACAAAACCUGCACGCCUUAUUAUCUGCUAUCCUGUUAGUAUUCGUAGAUUGUUCUUACUUAGGUUGAUACAUUAGCAGAUGUAUUCUGGUUAUAGUUUCCCAGAAGUCUUUGCCUGUCUCAGCCCCAAAGUUUCUUAAGGUUAUUGCUUCUUUUCAAAUGCUGGAAGUGACUGCUGUAGAAGUAAGCAAUCAUUUCGAUUUUGCCACUCCGCACACUAUACCGCUAUUAUGCUUAGUGGCUUGGACUUUUGUCCCAAAAACCGUCACAUAUUCGGCACAGUGCACCUCAGGACCGACAAUUUAUAUUUCCGUAAAUCAUCAGUAUAGUAAACAAUGUUAUAGAAUAUAAGCAUCAGACCAUCACCUAUUUGCAUAAGUUAAGUUGCAUGUCCUCUUGAAUAAUCUUCACAUACGAGGAUAUAUUGAAAAAUUCUCAGCCAGCCUACUAUAGAACCAAACAAAAUUUCAAUGUCAAAAUAUUUUAUUACUCAACAUAUUCUCCUCUCAAUUGGAUACAUUUAUUACAGCGAACCUGCAACGUCUGAAGACCUUUCAAAAAAAAUGUUUCUUCUUGCUCUGCAAAUCAGACCUCCACAGCUUUUAUUAUCUCCUCGUUGGAAGAAAAUUUACAACUUCUUAAGCUUUUUUUCAGUUGAAGAAAGAGAUGAUAGUCGGACGGAGGCAAAUCUGAUGAAUACUGGUGUCCCAGUAAUUGAAACCCUAAAUAACGAAUUUUUUGCGUGGCAGCAUGAGAUUUGUGUGCAGGGGCGUUGUUCUGCAAAAACAAAACAUCUUUGGAUAGCUUUCUGCGUCUUUUCUCCUUAAUUUUUUCCCGUAGAGUGGUCAGUAAUGUCGGAUAGUAAUCUCCUUGUUAUUGUUCUACCCUUAUCCAAAAAAUCAAUCAUUAUUACUCCAUGACAAUCCCAAAAAACUGAAGUAAGAACACGACGACACGAAGGACAUGAAACUUUUUAGGUCUUGGAGAACCAGAGUGUCGCCAUUCCAAAGAUUGUUGCUUUGUUUUGAGAUCGUUGAAAUGCACCCAAGUUUCAUCUAUAGUAACAAUUCGGUUUAAGAAGUCUACAUCGUUUUCAAAUCGAGCACAGAUCGAACACGAUGCUUCUACCCUUGCGCGCUUUUGGUCAACAUUCAAACAUUUGGGGAUCCAUUUCGCAGCAAUUUUUCUCAUGUCCAAAUUGACGUGAACUAUAUGAUGAACGCGUUCGUAUGAAAUAUUCAGUGCUUCAGAUAUCAGUUUUAGCCCAAUUCGACGGUUUGAUAAAAUCAUGUCAUGAACUGCAUCGAUAUUUUCGGGGACUGAUACAGAAACUGGCCUUCCCGAUCGAUAAUCAUCUUCAAUGGAAAAUUUACCUGGUUUGAAGCUUGUAGUCCGAUUUUUCACGGUCGAAUACGAAGGACAUUGAUCUCCAAGGGUAUUAAGCAUAUCUCCGUAAAUCUGCUUACCUCGUAACCCUUUUAAAUACAGGUAUUUAAUGAUGGCUCGAUACUCCCAAUUUUUCGAUUUUCACAAUUUCGGUGGACAUCUUUUUUCUUUUAAUUUAUUGCGUAACUCUGAUUUACUUUUUUGACGUCAAACUUUAGACUGACACUUCUAAUUAGUUAUUUUUCGUUGCUAUGGUAACGCAAUUUUUUUUUUUUGGUUAUGCAUGGAACUGGUCUAGGCUAAAUAGAUAUCAAUACAUCCUCGUAUUAUUUUAAUGAAUUGAAUCUAGCUUGAGAGUUCUACUCGUGCUCAGUCGAAUAGCUCAUUGUUUCUCAAACUAAAGAGUUACGAGGUUGCAUGUAAAAAAGAAAUCUUUUUAAAAGGCAGUUCAAAGAAGAAAAUUGGGAGCCUUUAGGCUCUACCGAAAAAUGUGUAUGUGUAAUGUUUCUUGUUAUAUGAUAAGCCUUUUAUUCGAACAAAAGUACAUUUAAAUACAAAUAGAGCUAUGUAUGGAAGUGCUUGCAGCAAGUGUUAGAUCUGUUGCGUGGUAUUUAUGUCACUCAAAAUGGAGUUUUGUUGUAAAGAACAUGACUAAUGAACUGAAAUAAACAUUACAAUAAGACUGUUAAGAUGUGAGAAGGUAUUUCAAACAGAUUUUCCUUCAUACUGAUUGAAAGGUGACAUUCUGACAUUUUUUUCUUGACAAAAAGCGCAGCCUCACAGACAAUUAAUGGUUCAUGCUGAUUAUCAAUGGAAAUAAAGUUGUAUUUGUGUUUGAAUAAGAACGACGUAGAUUCUUUUUCCAAUCCAAAUAAAUUUUCGUAGAACAAAAAAAAAUUUGAGGCGCUGACUGGAAAACGAUCAUGGAACAUCCACUUCAUCUAAAGAAAACAUUUACAGAAUGUUCCUUCCAAAAGACAUGAAAUUUUUCCCAAAAAAAGAACCUUUGGUUAUCUAAAAAAAGCAACCAAAUAAUUUUAUCAACUUUGAUUGCGUUGAAUCCUAAUAACCAAUUUUGGCAAAUUAUGCUGUGCGAAUUUUAUUUCCUUUCACGACUACCUACUUGCGAGUUUCUCUGUUCUUAUGACGGAAAUGAGUACGGAAACACAUGAGGAGUAAAAGCAGAUCUCAUAUUAAGAAUUAUGAGGAAUAGAUUGCAAAACAAGAUAAAUACAUAUAACAACACUCACGCUAAAUAUUCUCCAUCCAAAGUGAACCUUACACUGCCGCCACUGACGCGAACCCGCACCAGCAGACCAAUGACCAGGGCGGUAUAGGGUAUUCAAAGCAAAACGCGCGGAAUUCACAACGGUCACAAUACUACGAAAAUUUGAGGAAAAAUGAGUUUUUAAAGCAGAUAUGGAAAUACAGAAUUAAAAAUAUCUUCAUUUGGAUAUUUGACUAUUUUCUAUCAUUUACCCAAAUUAUUACUCUUAACAGUAGUUACAGGAAGCGCCUAAAAUAGUUAAUUAUGACAUUCGCUAAUGAAUGUCGACAUUUACGGCAUACGGUCUUUCACAUUAUUAAAUACAUUCUAAUACUGCAGCAUUAGACUCUCAAAUAUCUAUAAAUAAGUGCCAAAUUAGAAUAGUAUUGAUUUUUAAAACUACAGAGAAUACUUGUUUUCUCGAUCUCAAACUAACAUCACCUACCUCUUAGACUCGAUGUCUUAGGAAAAACUAAAAUCUUUUCAACUUGUUUAUCACAUUGAUAAACUUAUAAUUCAAGUAAAACGGAAAUAACUUUGUAAACGGAAGUUGUCAAUUUUAAAAUAGCUUCGUUCACGGACCUAAUUCCUAACCAGUUCUAGGAUCAAAUAGUGUUAGUGUAAACACAUUAUUCGAGUGUUCUGCAUAAAAACCGAUACAGAGCAUAGGUAUAUAGGUGGGCCCAAAGUAUGACGAUUGAAGGCAAUUAACCUUUACACCAAGUUGUAUCCUAGAGGAGUUAUAGGGCCCAAAAUUUCGAAAAAUAGUAUUCCUUUCCAACCAUUUAACUUAAAAAUACCAAAUUUUGGUACACAGUAUGGGACUGUUAAGGGCAUUAAGUACUUUGGGACCUUAUAACUUCUCAUGGAUGCAACUUGGUAUAAAGGUAAAUUGCGCCCAAUCGUCGUAUUUUGUGUACCCUAUAUGUCUCUGUUCUGUGUCGGUUUUUAUAAAUGAAUUAAAGUUUAUUGUUUAUUCACUUCAUCUCACUUGUCAACUUGAGAAAAGUCAAGACACAAAUAACAAAAAUAUGUAGCAGUUGUAAGUAAUGAAGUAGUGAGAGAUACUCAACCGUUUCGUAAUCAAGCAUGCUUAUUAUAGGGAUCCUGAAUUGGUUCUAAUUGUCAAAACAAAGCUAUUACUGAAUAUUACUGAAUAUAUAUAUAUAUAUAUAUAUAUAUAUAUAUAUAUAUAUAUAUAUAUAUAUAUAUACUUGUUUGUGUGACUGGAUAACUGUAUAGUUGAUAUACGAGGAGUAAUACAAAAAAUAAAAUGAACUAUUUUAUUUAUAACAAAAUGAAAGGUGAUAUAAAAUUUGAUUUAAUCUUCACUUUGUAACAUUUACGCAAGAUACCUUUCAAAAUAAUUCGCACAAUGCUAAAUCUAGUGAGUGAGGUAGGAGAGGACAGACGACAGGAAGGCUUUGAACGGCCAAAAAUUCGAGAGUUGAAAGCAAUUUAUGACACUCCGCUUUCUCAUGGUGAUAAAGAAAAUCGUUGGACCAUGCUUCAGGUUUCUUUGAUCGCACGAAAUCGUAAACGUACUGUACCCUUUUGUGAAAUUCAUAGUUUAUAGUUGCUUCCCUUGGUCCAAACUCUGAUCGCAUUAUACCAUCAUAACUAAGAAUUUUUUAUUUCUUUUCUCUCUAGUAACGUUUUGGAAGCGAAACAUGGAUUUGUAUAAACUUAUUGUUAAUACACUGUUUAAAAUUCACUAUAAACACUGCAAACACAAACAGAUGAGGCAUAAGUAAUUGCCGCUAUAAAAAUUAAUUCACCGUAUUUUUUGUUCACACCUCGUAUAUAUUGUUUGAAGAUAAAAGUAAAAGAAUACAAUAUAUAAAAAUUCAAGAAUAAAAGCACAUUAAAUAUCCGAGUAUCGUUAGAGCUAUUCUAUUUUUGUUGGAAAUCAUGAACUGUUUUUGAAAUCCUUUCUUUAAAAUUAAAAAUACAAUAUUUUCAAGUUUAUUUAUUCAUAAUUAUAAAGUGAAAAGUUCUGAUUUAAUAAAAUAAUCAGGCAAGUCAAGAUGGAUUAUAUAGUUAACACAAUAUUUAAUAAUUUUGAAAAUAUUCAAUCUUGACAAUUUGCACUGUAUGAAUUUGAAGAGUGUCUGCAAAAAAGCCGAUUGAAAAAGAGCUUAUUUUUGUCGUUAUAAUAAUUUAAAACUAUACUGUUCGUUUCACUUACACUAUCUACUUUUUGAAGAAUAUCUCCAUAACAUGUUUUGUCUUCAAAAGGUAGAGUUAGGUAUACAUAGUUUUAUGUAAAAUAAGAUUUCAUCCUCUCUGAAAUUUCUGCGGAACCGUUGUAUUUUUCAUGGCAACUUGAAAUUAAUUUGAACUAGAAAUCAUGGGUUAGGAUCCUAUGCGAUUUGAUAACUUUAAAACGUCUUUAUAGGUAUAUCUAAUUUUUCACUUAUUCUCCUCUUCCAUAUCGGCACGGGCCAUGGCUGGUCAAAUGAGGGUUUGCUGGAUUUAUAUUUUUUCAGAACGCUUUUGUAGAUGUUGAAUACUGGGCUUCUUUCUAUCUUUGUUUUCUGAGAUAUUUGAAAGAUUCAUCCCUUUAAAUACUCGCUAGUCUACUUAUACGAUGACCGAUUCGUUUGCUCACCUAUUUGAAGUAAAUACAUUUUUCCAUCGAUAUCGUAGCUUUUGUAAUGUAUCUAUCUUCUAAAGAAAUAUUGUUGGCAUUCUCUAAACCACUGAUUUACUGUACAUAUAAUUUCCUCAUCCGAAAAAAAUCAUUUAGCAAGUAUGUUUUGAAUUUUGGAGACACCUAUGAAGGGGAGUGUUAUCCUCUUGCAAGAAAACACCUUUGCGUAAUUUUCCUCAGCGUUUUUCUUUUAUCGUCUCAUGUAAUUCUGGCAUUAUAAUCACCUGUAAUUAUUGUGGCUCCUUUUUGCAAGUUAUCAACUGAAACUACACCUUCCGCAUCCGAAAAUAGGGUAAUGAGAGUUGAAUCUUCAAUUUUUCAGCGGAGGUGAUGUGGAUGUUUCCACUUCGAAGAUUGCAGAAAAAUUUUCUGUCUUAUCUAAUUUGCGUCAAAAGACUGCUACAUAUGUAUUUUUAAGUUGCUUGUGUGCAUUUAUUAACAUUUCAAGGGACCUAUUGUGCAGAAAUUUUUUUCAUUAUCAGUUAGGUAGUAAGUAUAUUAUAUAUCACUAUCCUCAACUAUUAGUCUAGUAGUAAAUCUUGCAACACGGCAAUAUGAACUUUUUUAACAUUUUCGUAUGUAGUAUCGAUUGUGAGUGCUCCACCUGCAUAUUCGUUUAUACACGACCACCUUUUCACUAUGUUAUAAGAGGCUGCAGAUAAUAUUUCCUUUCGUUGAGGUCAACUCUUUCAAUCACAUAUAUUGAAUCACCGUGUGCUACUCGACACGAUCCAUUGUGAUACUGAGAUGUGAUUCUUUUGAAUUCGGGUUCUUCUUCUACGCAUUCUUCAACAGAUUCAAAGUAUACAUAAUAGGUUAUAAUGUGACCUGAUGAUAAAUAUUUUUUAAUUUAUAAAGACAAGCAAUGGGACAAUCUCUCGUAAAUAUACUGUUCUCCAUCAUGUUUUGUCCUAUAUGUACAUGUACUUUGUUUAACUCAUAUUUGAAAAUCUUCAGAAAAAUUGCCUUGUUUCUUGCUAUUAGUUUAAUAUCAGCAUAAGCUAAACUUGAUUAUGUAGCUGAAAGUCGAUUUCGCUAGCACUUUGCUUAUUCAAUGAUUUAGUUGUAGUUUUCAUACCAUAUUAAGAGAAGAUAAUACGUAAGUAUAGUUUUUCAUUGGAAUAAGGCUUUUAGUGCAGAUAAGAGUGCCUUGCUAUGAUUAUUUUAGUUUAUCAA